UUCAACGGGUGAAGGUAUUGAUCGAGGGUUCACGAAGUCAAUUAACAUGAACAGUGAGUUCGGACAGCUGCGUUGCCCCGCGCGAGCAUUCGAUAAUUACAAGAGUAGGACCCUCGUUCAAGGGCAGUUGAAGGGAAAUAUAAAAAUGUCGGAGAUUUCCAUGCAUCCACUGCUUUUAUUAAAUAUCUUCCCCUUUCCCUUGCCUUCGCUCUCGCUUCUACUGCUUUCAACCUUCUUUCCUUCUCCCCUGCAAAAAUCCCUAAAACCGAAAUCCUCCCUUCCUUCCUACCAAAAUGAGAUCUUCUAUGAUCAGAUCCAUCCAAACAGCCCUCAAAACAAGGACUAGUCCUUCCUCAUCUCCAUCUCUUUCACACUUCUCUCGCCGUUCCUACUCUUCCGACUCGACACCGGACCGCAAGGUCGCAGUCCUGGGCGCAGCCGGCGGCAUUGGCCAGCCCCUCGCCCUCCUCAUGAAGCUCAACCCCCUCGUCUCCAGCCUCGCGCUCUACGAUAUCGCUGGCACCCCUGGCGUUGCCGCCGAUGUCAGCCACAUCAAUACCGGAUCCGAGGUUGCCGGCUACAUGGGCGAAGAUCAGUUAGGGAAAGCUCUCGAGGGAUCAGAUGUCGUCAUUAUUCCUGCCGGGGUCCCACGCAAGCCGGGAAUGACCCGUGAUGAUCUCUUCAACAUCAAUGCUGGGAUAGUUAAAUCCCUAUGCACUGCGAUCGCCAAAUACUGCCCUAAUGCUAUUGUUAAUAUGAUAAGCAACCCGGUGAAUUCGACGGUGCCAAUUGCUGCUGAAGUUUUCAAGAAGGCAGGGACAUACAAUGAGAAGAAGCUGUUCGGUGUGACGAUGCUCGAUGUUGUUAGGGCAAAGACAUUCUAUGCUGGAAAGGCAAAGGUUCCUGUCACUGAGGUUGAUGUCCCUGUGGUUGGAGGGCAUGCUGGCAUCACUAUUCUUCCUCUGUUCUCUCAGGCGACGCCGAAAUCUAAUGAUUUGUCGGAUGAGGAGAUCAAGGCACUUACAAAGAGAACACAAGAAGGAGGGACGGAGGUCGUGGAAGCCAAGGCUGGCAAAGGCUCAGCGACGUUAUCAAUGGCAUAUGCUGGAGCUGUCUUUGCUGAUGCUUGCUUGAAGGGUCUUAAUGGAGUUCUGGAUAUUGUGGAGUGUUCCUUUGUACAAUCAAGCGUCACAGAACUGCCUUUCUUUGCUUCUAAGGUGAAGCUGGGGAAGAACGGAGUGGAGGAAGUACUUGGUUUGGGUCCACUUUCUGACUAUGAGAAACAAGGUUUGGAGAAUCUCAAGGCAGAGCUCAAGUCAUCCAUUGAGAAGGGGAUCAAGUUCGCCAACUCAAAUUAAUUGAGUUUUUAGGGUUCUAGACACUCCAGUUUUGCAUGUGUACUCCUGAUUUUAUUUUAUUUUGGUUGCAUUCACUAGAGUUGAGAUAAUUUGGCUGUUGGAACUUUUUGCCCAAUAAGCCCUAACGGAGAGGCACUACACUAAACAAUAAUAAUGUUUUCUUAA